AUGUCCACUCUGAUAUCAUAUGAAGAUGAAAGAAACCAAAUUUUAGAACUAAUAAACAGGGCCCCUGACAUAAAACAGGCAAAUAAAGCUCUAAUAAUCGAGUUAAAUAAAUUAAAACAUCAAUUAGAACUUAAUUAUCGUUGUGCUGAGGAUAACUAUCAAGCUUGUAUGCAACGAGAUGAAGCUAUUCAACAUUUAAAAGAAAAUGAAAAUAAAUUAAAAGAAGAAAUUAAUACACUAAAAACUAGACUCCUUGAAGAUAACAUUAAAAAUGAACAAACUAAAAAAAAAAUGGAAGAAGAGUUAAAUACGAUAAAAGAAAAUUUUCUUUCAUUAACAAAAGAAGAUAAAAAAAAAGAUACCACAAUUAGUGAACUCUCAAUCACAAAGGCUAAUUUAUUAGAAGAAAUUAAAAACAACGAAUCAACUAUUAAAGAAUUAAAUGAUAAAUUAAAAAUUCAAAGUGAUGAAAUUCUUGAAUUAAAAAAUCAAAGCAACAAUAAAUUAUUUGAUCUAGAAACAUAUGAAGAACAGAUUAAUGAACUAAAUAUUCAAAAGGAAGAAUAUGAAAAAAGAGUUAAUGAAUUAAAUACUCAAAAAGAAGAAUAUGAAGAGCAAAUUGAUGAAUUAAAUAUUCAAAAAGAAGAAGAUAAAAAAAAGAUUAACGAAUUAUCUACUCAAAGAGAAGAAGAUAAAAAAAAGAUUAUACAACUUAAUACUAAGAACGAAGAAUAUGAAAAAAGUGUUAAUGAAUUAAGUACUCAAACUGAAGAACUUAACCAUACUACUUCUUCGUUACAAAUUCAAAAAGAAAAAAUAGAACAAAAAGUUGAAGAAUAUGAAAAAGUUAUUAAAGAUCUUAAAGAUGUAAAUGAAAAAGAUGGGCAACAGAUAAAUAAUUUAAAUAGUUGUAUAAGUGAAUUAAAAAAACAAAAAGAAGAAGACGAAAAUAAUCUUCAGAUACUUAGAGAAAUACAAAAGAAAGAGAGUGAAGAAGAAAGUAUUGAAAAGAAAAAAGUAGAAGAAGCUAGAAAGAUAAUAAAACGUAUGAGAGUUAAUUCAAGUGUUGUAAGAAAUACAUCUUCUUCACCUCUUCUUUUCUAUCAAAAAAGACAAAAAAUAAAUAAUACUUUUGAAAUAAUUAUUUGUUGUACUGAUGAAAGAUGUUCAUUUAUUGGUGUUCAUAAUCCACAAAUUAAUAGUAAUAAUAGGUAUAUUAAUUUACAAGUAAUUCAAAAUCACUUUGCUACUUUCUAUUUAUUACCAGGAACUUAUCAUGUUUGCUCUUAUUCAAAUGAGUCAUUAGAGAAUAUUGGUUUUAUUGAAAUAAUAGUUCAACCACAAAUAUAG